AAACCUCUUCCUCCCUCCCUCUCUCUCUCUCUCUCUCUCUCUCUCUCUCCCCAAUUAUUUCACUUUUGCUAAGAACACCAACUUCUUCUCCUGAUCUUCUUCUCCUGAUCUUCUUCUCCAAAACAAAACCCAAAGGCAAAGACAUAUUCUUUGUUCUUCUUCAGUUCCCAAACCCCACACCCUCACCCACAGCUCCAACAGAACAAUAAUAAUAAUAAUAAUAAUAAUAAUAAUAAUCUAUCUCUUCCAUCCCCUCCCUUCCCCCCCUUAAAAGGUGAAAUAUUUCUUGCUCCCUCCCACAGCUCCCCCUCUCACUCCUGCUUGAUGCUGUCUCCUCUGCAACUGACCCACAAAUGCUCCUCCAUCUCUAAAAAAAGUCCAUUUUUUGAGUCUCUGGGUGUGUCUCCUCUUCUGCUUCUUCCUUCUUCUUCUUAGCCUUACAUUCCCGCAUGGAGUUUGGGGCGGUGGGCUUGGACGGGCUUGUGGGUGGUUCAGAUCCUGAGGACAAGCAGAAGCUGUACGGAUCCGCGUUCUUCAGGCAGCUCGAGAGGCCUCCCUCCGAGGAUGCUGACGAGUGGAGGGUCAUCAACAGCAGCAGCAGCGGGAGCAGCAACAGGGGUGGCUCCGCGAAAGUGGCCAAAUUUGGUGAUGACUACUUCUCUGUCUCUGCUCCCAAGGCGGCGCUGAAGGGCAGCAGUAACAGUCUCUUCUCAGAUGCUCAGCAGAGUCAGCACAUGCUCUGCUUCUCGUCCUCCGCCUCCUCCGUUUCUCCUCUCUCCAAAUCAGAGUCGCAGCCCCCUGCAUUGCCCUGUUUCAGCUACACGCCUUCCGUGUACAGCAACUACGCAGGGCUGGCUUCUGGGGGACUGAAUGGUGGGAAUAUGCAUGGCAUGGCGCUGGGAGGGGGGAGAGGCCCAUUCACUCCAUCCCAGUGGAUGGAGCUGGAGCAUCAGGCCAUGAUCUACAAGUACAUCAAUGCUAAUGUGCCUGUCCCUUCCAAUCUGCUCAUCCCCAUCCGGAAAGCUUUCGAGUCCGCCGGGUUCUCCUGCUACGCCUCCGGACUUCUGCGACCCAAUUCGCUGGGAUGGGGAGGUUUCCAGCUCGGGUUCUCGAACAGCACGGAUCCGGAGCCCGGAAGGUGCAGGAGGACGGAUGGGAAGAAAUGGCGGUGCUCGAGGGAUGCAGUUGCUGAUCAGAAAUACUGCGAGCGCCACAUGAACCGGGGCCGCCAUCGUUCAAGAAAGCCUGUGGAAGGCCUACAUUCAGGGCAUCCUGUUUCUGGUGGACCCGCUGCCACCACCGCCACUGUUUGUGCCACCACUGCAACACCCUCCGCUGCCAGUGCUAAUAAACAGGGUUUGCCGGUCGGCUCAGUGGUGCCAGGCAGUGGUGCUUCACAUAAUAGCUACACCAACUUUCAGUCAGGAGUUCUAAGUCUUUCUGCAGACUCCUCUCUAAACAGGUUCUUUAUGAACAAAGAGAAUGUGAGCGAGAAGAUUCAAAACCCAUCGUCGGGCUUCUCCAUGAUAUCGCCCAGCACAAAUGUUAAGUCUAAAGCGACUCCGUUUCUGAUUGACUCUUCUUCAGAAAGGACAUCAUCCCUCUUGAACAGCUGCCAAAAUUUGGGCACUCUGAAAGACCUAACAGACAGGGAAACCGAAUCGGACCAUUCGAUCCGCCAUUUCAUCAAUGACUGGCCCGUGAUGAGUGUCCAAUCAUCAGAUGCGACCCACCUAUCAAUCUCGAUCCCGAUGGCUUCCAACGAUAAUAGGGUCACCUUGUCGCCACUGAGGUCGGCCCAUGAUCUGGACCAGGUUCAGAUGAACUUGGGGGUUGGAGGCGGAACCGGCUAUGGUGAACAGGUUCACAAGCAGACGGUGAACUGGAUACCCAUAUCCUGGGAGACAUCGAUGGGGGGCCCGCUUGGUGAAGUCCUCCACAAUGCUAAUAACAGCAACAGUUCAACGGAUUGUAAAAACUCAUCGGUUCUCAACCUCAUGACUGAGGGCUGGGAGAGCAGUUCAAGCUCACCACUCGGAUCAUCACCCACUGGAGUUCUUCAAAAGACUGCUUUCGGUUCAGUUUCCAACAGCAGUGCCGGUAGCAGUCCCCGAGUUGAAGAGAACCGAUCAAAGCCGCUCGAAGGGUCUGCAAUGUGCAGUGAAGUUUGACUUGAUUGGACACUGAGGGGAUUUUUCAUUGUUUCUUUUAGGAAUCGUCUUGGCUGACAUGGUUAUGUUUUAUUUGAAUCUAGUUUAUUUCAUGAGACAUCGUAAAUUUGUUCAUUUUAUAUGCGAAGUGUGGGCUAAUCCAUGACCUUAAGGUUAACUAAGCAUCAUCAGUAACAUUCACUCCGA